AUGGCCUCUACUGAUUUGCAAAUCUUGGGGAUCGUCCUGACCCUGCUUGGCUGGGUCAACACCCUGGUGUCCUGUGCCCUGCCCCUGUGGAAAGUGACCGCCUUCAUGGGCAACAGCAUCGUUGUGGCCCAGAUGGUAUGGGAGGGGCUGUGGAUGUCCUGUGUGGUCCAGAGCACUGGCCAGAUGCAGUGCAAGGUGUACGACUCACUGCUGGCACUGCCCCAGGACCUGCAGGCUGCCAGAGCCCUCUGUGUUGUCACCCUCCUCAUUGUCCUGUUUGGUCUGCUUGUGUACUUGGCCGGAGCCAAGUGCACUACCUGUGUGGAAGACAGAAACUCUAAGUCUCGUCUGGUGCUCGUCUCUGGCAUCAUCUUUGUCAUCUCCGGGGUCCUGACUCUCAUUCCUGUCUGCUGGACUGCCCAUGCCACCAUCCAAGACUUCUACAACCCUUUGGUGGCUGACACUCAGAAGCAGGAGCUGGGGGCCUCCUUCUACCUGGGCUGGGCAGCCUCAGGCCUUUUGCUGUUAGGUGGAGGGUUGUUGUGUUGUGCUUGCUCUUCUGGAGGGCCCCGGGGACCUGGCCACUACAUGGCCCGCUAUUCUACAUCUGUCCCACAUUCUCGAGGACCCUCCGAAUACCCUACCAAGAAUUACGUCUGA